ACUAAAAGUUAUUUAUUAUGAAUAACAAGUGCGUCUACAGGUGCGACGUCUCCCAUCAUUCGCGUUUCCUUUCUCUUCACACAGACAUGGAUCCCGAAGAAGAAAGAGAGAAGAAAAGAGUCACCCUUGCAGAUGAUCCUUCCAACAAAGCGAUGGUCCAGAAAGAUCUUCAUCUUCUUCCACCGGAGAUUCUGCUCGAAAUCCUAUCAAGACUCCCGAUCACCUCUCUGAUCCACUUCAAGACCACUUCCCAUGCCGGCUAUGAUUUAAUUGCAGAUCCAAGACUCCCUUCGAUGUUCCGCAACCGGGUAAGCGACUCAAACCCAUGUCUGAUUCUGUUCGACUACAAUUUCCCUGACUUCGGGCCCUGGUUCUAUUUUGUGGAUGGUGAGGGUAGUAGUAGAAGGGUUAGGAAAAUCGACCCCCCACAGCAUUCAGAAGUUGAUGAUCUGGUGGGUUCUUGUAACGGGCUGUUAUGCUUAUCCUCUCCCAGAAUCGGUGGUUCAUCGGAGUCUCACGGUCUGCUAAUUUACAAUCCUUUUGUUGGAGACGCUGUGAGAGUCCCACCAGCGAACCGAUUUCCGAAUCAAAGUGAAGGUUUUGGAUUUGGGUUUCAUCCGAGGACAGGAGAAUUCAAAGUGGUCAGGAUUGUGUGCUACGAUAAGAUCCUGACGGUAGUAGACCCGGCGCUAGAUGUGGAAGAAGCGGAUGAAGGAUUCGCCACCGUUGGUGAAUUAAUGGUUCAGGUGUUUACCGUAGGAACAACAGAGUGGAGAACGAAAGGAGCUCCGCCUCCUCAAUUGACGGAUGAAGGCCAACCACCUGAGGCUCUAGUUGAAGGAUCUCUCCAUUGGGUGACUUUUGUUGGGAUGGAAGGAGACGGUCCUAUCUUUGGUAUUAUCUCUUUCGAGCUUGCAGAUGAGGUGUUCGAAGAAAUUCCGCACCCACCAUGUCAACAAUUUGUGUCAUGGCGCUACAGUCUUUCCAUGCUCAAUGGGUGUCUAUCGGCAGCUGGGUUAGCUGAUGAUUUGCAUUUUGAUAUCUGGGUGAUGAAGCAAUACCGUGUUAAGGAAUCUUGGGUAAAACAAUUCUCCUUUGAUCCCGACUUUCCUGGUGGAUGGCCAAGCUUUUCCACAGUUAUAUGUGCAUUGAAGAAUGGUGAGAUUCUGUUGCAGUAUGAUGACAGUUCUCUGGUUUCUUUUGAUCCUGUGGAAAACAGAUUCAAAACUCUUCAAAUGAGUGGGUUACCCAAUGAGUUCCAGGCACUUCCUUUUCUACCUUCUCUUUUCUCAGCCAAAGCAACCAUGAAUUCGCAAGUUUAACUUCUCUUUUUCUACAAGACUCUACUACUAGUUUUUAGUUUGUGUUGAAUCUUUGAACAUCAAUGCAUCAGUAACAUGGAAUGGUGAUUGAAGAUUUUGCUUCAAGCUGGGUGGGAAGAUUAAUAAGAGUUUUAUGUCCUGAAGCAAGGGAUAUUAAUAUUAUUGAUAAUGUUUUGAAGUUAGUUGAAGAUGGAUUAGAGGCUGCAGGCAGGAAUGUAGUUGAAGUUGUCACUCGAGGCAAGCAGAAUACUGGAUUAAUUACUGGUUUUCCUCUACAAUUUUGUUCUUCUGCUAGAUGAAGUCAUUGUCAUAUAACCAUUAAUAGUUGGAUAUUGACUACUUUCUAUAUGUGAACUACUAAUUCUAAGCAUCAUUGAUAGACCGGCAUAGACCGGCAGGAUUAAAAUGACUUGGAAGUGGACAGAGACAUAGCCUCCUGUUAAAUCUUCAUCAACUCAAAAUACAACGAUUUGACCCUGAGAACCAAUGCUUCCUUCAUUAUAUCUUCAACCCCAGAAACUGAAAGCUUCAAAGCCAUGGAUUUGUGUCCUAAGAAGGGAAUCCAGAGGAAAAAAAACAGGUUCCCGCAGCAGUUCCAAGCUUUUGGUUUCCAGCCUACUCUGUUCUCAGGUAAAGGAAACCCUUGAAAUGAAGGUUUAAUAUAAUAUUCACAACUCU